AUGGCGACCACUUCGGCGGCCGUCCUCCCAUCAGGGGCCUUCCUCACCCGAGGGUCGGAGAUCCAGAGAAUUCCCGUGCGCGCUGCUGCCGGAGCCAUAUCCUCCAAACUCCGAGCCUCCCCGAGAUUGCCCGCCCUGUCGACUCCAUUCAUCCGAUCCCUCAAACCCGCUGCGGCUCCGACCGUCGGUCUGCAGUCCAAAAGGCGACAAAUCUCAUGCGCCGUCGCGGCGGAACCUCCUCCCAAGCAACCCGCGGCGACAGAUCCGCCACCGUAUGAGCCGGUGCACGUGCCGUUCUCGGACGUGCUGGUGCAGCAGAAGCGGCCGUAUUUCUUCAACCGGGACUACACGGCGAGGGACUGGAACUACCUCGUCAACUUGAGCUUGUACCAUGGCCUGUGCCUCUUCGCUCCAGCCACCUUCUCCUGGGAAAACUUCGGCCUCUUCCUCAGCCUCUACGUCGUCACAGGGCUGUUUGGGGUCACCCUGUCAUACCACCGCAAUCUGGCGCAUCGUUCGUUCACGCUUCCCAAGUGGCUCGAGUACACUUUCGCCUACCUCGGGGUUCUCGCCAUUCAGGGCCACCCCAAGGAGUGGGUGAGCGCGCACCGCUACCACCAUCGCUUCGUCGACACGCCCGGCGACCCGCACUCGCCAUGCGAUGGCUUCUGGCACAGCCACAUGGGGUGGGUUUUCGACGAAGUCUUCACGCAACAGCGGGUGGGCGUGCGCGACAACAUCGCGGACAUGGAGAACGACCCCUUUUACGAUUUCAUCGAGGCCACCUACCACUGGCACACCGUCGGCUCCGUGGCGCUGCUCUACGCCCUCGGAGGCUUCCCCUGGGUCGUCUGGGGCUUCGGCAUGCGCUCUGUGGUGGUGCUGCACAUCACGGGGCUAGUCAACUCAGCGGGACACGUGUGGGGCUAUCAAUCCUGGAACACCGGCGACCUUUCACGCAACAACUGGUGGGUGGGGCUGCUGGCGUUUGGCGAGGGGUGGCACAACAACCACCACGCGUUCCAGUACUCGUGCCGGCAUGGGCUGGACGCGCACGAGGUGGACGUGACGUGGUACAUCAUAAAGCUGCUCGAGGCUGCAGGGCUGGCCACCAACCUCAAGUACCCCCAUCAGAAGGACAUUAAGCGCCUCUCCCUCCCGGAACAGCCAGUUUCUCAGCAGUAG